AUGACCACCAGCCUGACCCAGAUGCUACCAACCAACAUGACCACCAACCUGACCCAGAUGCUACCACCCAACAUUACCACCAUCCUGACCCAGACGCAACCACCCAACAUUACCACUAACCUGACCCAGACAGACAUACCCAGCAUGACUACCAACCCAAACCAGAUGGGCCCUCUCAACAUGACGACAAACCAGAACGAGAUGGGCCCUCUCAACUUGACCACCAAUCUGACUCAAACGGGCCCCUUCAACACGACUUCGAGCUUGAUCCAGACAUACCCUGCCAACAUGACUGCCAACCUGACCCAGACACACCCUCCUAAUAUAACCACCAACCAGACUCAAACACUCCCUCCCAACAUAACCACCAACCUGACCGAGACACCACCUCUCAACAUAACUGCCAGUCUGACCCAGACACCCCCUCCUAACAUAGCCAUCAACCUGACUCAAACACUCCCUCCUAACAUAACCACCAGCCUGAACCAGACACCCCCUCCCAACAUAACUGCCAACCUGACCCAGACACUCCCUCCUAUCAUAACCACCAACCAGACUCAAACACUCCCUCCCAACAUAACCACCAACCUGACCGAGACACCACCUCUCAACAUAACUGCCAGUCUGACCCAGACACCCCCUCCUAACAUAGCCAUCAACCUGACUCAAACACUCCCUCCUAACAUAACCACCAGCCUGAACCAGACACCCCCUCCCAACAUAACUGCCAACCUGACCCAGACACUCCCUCCUAUCAUAACCACCAACCAGACUCAAACACUCCCUCCCAACAUAACCACCAACCUGACUGAGACACCACCUCUCAACAUAACUGCCAGUCUGACCCAGACACCCCCUCCUAACAUAGCCAUCAACCUGACUCAAACACUCCCUCCUAACAUAACCACCAGCCUGACUCAAACACUCCCUCCCAACAUAACCACCAACCUGACCCAAACACACCCUCCCAACAUAACUGCCAGUCUGACCCAGACACCCCCUCCAAACAUAACUGCCAACCUGACCCAGACCCUCCCUCCCAACAUAACCACCAACCUGACCCAGACACCCCCUCACAACAUAACUACCAACCUGGCCCAGACACUCCCUCCCAACAUUACUACAAUCCCUCCCAACAUAAGUACCAACCUGACCCAGACACUGCCUCCCAAUAUUACCACAAACCCGACCCAGGCAGGCCCCCUCACUGUAACAAACAUUAUAACAACAUCAGACUCUAAUACUCAGUCACCAGACAUCACUGGCAGGGAUAACUGCAGGAGGGAUAGGGCAUGUUUUUCUGCUCCACCUUCCUGUAAUCCAGGUGUAGAAGGUUCCUGCUAUUUUCUCUCCACAAGAGGAGUGAGCGGAAAUACAGAUAAUUUUACUUUUGAGCUCAGCGGUGAGACAGAUGGUUACAUUGGAGCUGGCCUAUCUCGAGACAACAGUGGUCAGGGUGCCACAGUUUAUUCUUGCGCCAAAUUGAAUGGUGCACUGAGGUUAAUUCGUUCCACACUGAACAAUCAAAUACUGACACAGGAUAAUACAUUUAUCCCUGGAAGCUUCAAAGGCUCAGUCAUCGGUAGAAAGAUUCAAUGCAUUUUCAAUGCUGCAGGUCUUAGCAGCACCACCCGUUCUGCAACUACAGACACUUUUGUCUUCCUUGUAACAGGGAGCAUAUCAAAUGGUUCUCUGGAUUCUCCAGUCAGUAGACUGGCCACAAAUGGUUCAGUGGACUUGAGCAACCCUAACAGUACGGAUAUUUCAGUGAUAACACCCAGUACAAAUGCAACUGCAUCUAAUACCACAGCAACAUCAACCACCACUGUGGCAUCUACAAACUUGACCCAGACGGUCCCUCCAAACAUGACCACCAACCUGAGUCCAACGGGCCCCCUCAACACGACUGUGAACUUGACCCAGACAUACCCUCCCAACACGACUGCUAACCUGACCCAGACACCCCCUCCUAACAUAACCUCUGACCAGACUCAAACACUCCCUCCCAACAUAACCACCAACCUGAACCAGACACUCCCUCCCAACAUAACUGACAACUUGAACCGAACACUCCCUCCUAACAUAACCACCAACCAAACUCAGACACCCCCUCCAAACAUAACCACCAACCUGUCCCAGACACUCACUCCCAACAUAACCACCAACCUGACCCAAACACUCCCUCCUAUCAUAACCACCAACCAGAGUCAAACACUCCCUCCUAACAUAACCACCAACCAAACUCAGACACCCCCUCCAAACAUAACCACCAACCUGACCCAAACACUCCCUCCUAUCAUAACCACCAACCAGACUCAAACACUCCCUCCAAACAUAACCACCAACCAAACUCAAACACACCUUCCCAACAUAACCACCAACCUGAGCCAGACACCCCCUCUCAACAUAACCACCAACCUGACUCAAACACUCCCUCCCAACAUAACCACCAACUUGACCCAGACACCCCCUCCAAACAUAACUGCCAGUCUGACCCAGACACACCCUCCAAACAUAACUGCCAACCUGACCCAGACACUCACUCCCAACAUAACCACCAACCUGACCCAGACACAGAGUCCCAACAUAACUGCAAACCUGACCCAGACACUCCCUCCAAACAUAACCACCAACCAGACCCAAACAAGCCCUCCCAACAUAACCACCAACUUGAUCCAGACACUCCCUCCCAACAUUACUGCCAACCUGACCCAGACACUGCCUCCCAAUAUUACCACAAACCCGACCCAGACACGGCCCCUCACUGUAACAAACAUUAUAACAACAUCAGGCUCUAAUACACAGUCACCAGACAUCACUGGCAGGGAUAACUGCAGGAGGGAUAGGGCAUGUUUCUCCGCUCCACCUUCCUGUAAUCCUGGUGCAGAAGGUUCCUGCUAUUUUCUCUCCACAAGAGGAGUGAGCGGAAAUACCGAUAAUUUUACUUUUGAGCUCAGUGGCGAGACAGAUGGUUACAUUGGAGCAGGCCUCUCUCGUGACAACACUGGUCAAGGAGCCACUGUCUAUUCUUGCGCCAACAUCAAUGGUGCACUGAAGUUCUUCCGUUCCACACUGAACAAUCAAAGACUGGCUCAGGAUAACACAUUCAUCCCUGGAAGCUUCAAAGGCUCAGUCAUCGGUAGAAAGAUUCAAUGCAUUUUCAAUGCUGCAGGUCUUAGUAGCACCACCCGUUCUGCAACUACAGACACUUUUGUCUUCCUUGUAACAGGGAGCAUAUCAAAUGGUUCUCUGGAUUCUCCAGUCAGUAGACUGGCCACGAAUGGUUCAGUGGACUUAAGCAACCCUAACAGUACGGAUAUUUCCGUAAUAACACCCAGUACAAAUGCCACUGCAUCUAAUACCACAGCAACAUCAACCACCACUGUGGCAUCUAUAAACUUGACCCAGACGGUCCCUCCAAACAUUACCACCAACCUGACUCCAACGGGCCCCCUCAACACGACUGUGAACUUGACCCAGACAUACCCCCCCAACAUGACUGCUAACCUGACCCAGACACCCCUUCCUAACAUAACCACUGACCAGACUCAAACACUCCCUCCAAACAUAACCACCAACCUGAACCAGACACUCCCUCACAACAUAACUGACAACCUGAACUGGACACUCCCUCCUAACAUAACCACCAACCUGACUCAAACACUCCCUCCAAACAUAACCACCAACCAAACUCAAACACACCCUCCCAACAUAACCACCAACCUGACUCAAACACUCCCUCCCAACAUAACCACCAACCUGACCCAAACACUCCCUCCUAUCAUAACCACCAACCAGACUCAAACACUCCCUGCUAACAUAACCACCAACCAGACUCAAACACUCCCUCCUAACAUAACCACCAACCAAACUCAAACACACCCUCCCAACAUAACCACCAACCUAACUCAAACACUCCCUCCCAACAUAACCACCAACUUGACCCAGACACCCCCUCCAAACAUAACUGCCAGUCUGACCCAGACACAACCUCCAAACAUAACUGCCAACCUGACCCAGACACUCAAUCCCAACAUAACCACCAACCUGACCCAGACACAGAGUCCCAACAUAAUUGCAAACUUGACCCAGACACUCCCUCCGAACAUAACCACCAACCAGACCCAAACAAGCCCUCCCAACAUAACCACCAACUUGAUCCAGACACUCCCUCCCAACAUUACUGCCAACCUGACCCAGACACUGCCUCCCAAUAUUACCACAAACCCGACCCAGACACGGCCCCUCACUGUAACAAACAUUAUAACAACAUCAGGCUCUAAUACACAGUCUCCAGACAUCACUGGCAGGGAUAACUGCAGGAGGGAUAGGGCGUGUUUCUCCGCUCCACCUGCCUGUAAUCCAGGUGCAGAAGGUUCUUGCUAUUUUCUCUCCACAAGAGGAGUGAGCGGAAAUACAGAUAAUUUUACUUUUGAGCUCAGUGGCGAGACAGAUGGUUACAUUGGAGCAGGCCUCUCUCGUGACAACACUGGUCAAGGAGCCACUGUCUAUUCUUGCGCCAACAUCAAUGGUGCACUGAAGUUCUUCCGUUCCACACUGAACAAUCAAAGACUGGCUCAGGAUAACACAUUCAUCCCUGGAAGCUUCAAAGGCUCAGUCAUCGGUAGAAAGAUUCAAUGCAUUUUCAAUGCUGCAGGUCUUAGUAGCACCACCCGUUCUGCAACUACAGACACUUUUGUCUUCCUUGUAACAGGGAGCAUAUCAAAUGGUUCUCUGGAUUCUCCAGUCAGUAGACUGGCCACAAAUGGUUCAGUGGACUUAAGCAACCCUAACAGUACGGAUAUUUCCAUAAUAACACCCAGUACAAAUGCCACUGCAUCUAAUACCACAGCAACAUCAACCACCGCUGUGGCAUCUAUAAACUUGACCCAGACGGUCCCUCCAAACAUUACCACCAACCUGACUCCAACGGGCCCCCUCAACACGACUGUGAACUUGACCCAGACAUACCCUCCCAACAUGACUGCUAACCUGACCCAGACACCCCCUCCUAACAUAACCACUGACCAGACUCAAACCUUCCCUCCCAACAUAACCACCAACCAGACUCAGACACCCCCUCCCAACAUAACCACCAACCUGACCCAGACACUCGCUCCCAACAUAACCACCAACCUGACCCAAACACUCCCUCCUAUCAUAACCACCAACCAGACUCAAACACUCCCUCCCAACAUAACCACCAACAUGACACAGACACCCCCUCUCAACAUAACCACCAACCUGACUCAAACAAUACCUCCCAACAUAACCACCAACUUGACCCAGACACCCCCUCCAAACAUAACUGCCAGUCUGACCCAGACAUCCCCUCCAAACAUAACUGCCAACCUGACCCAGACACUCACUCCUAACAUAACCACCAACCAAACUCAAACUCACCCUCCUAACAUAACCACCAACCUGACCCAGACUCCCCCUCUCAACAUAACCACCAACCUGACUCAAACACUCCCUCCCAACAUAACCACCAAUUUUACCCAGACACCCCCUCCAAACAUAACUGCCAUUCUGACCCAGACACCCCCCCCAAACAUAACCACCAACCUGACUCAAACACUCCCUCCCAACAUAACCACCAACCUGACCCAGACACUCCCUCCCAACAUAACUGCCAACCUGACCCAGACACUCCCUCCCAACAUAACCACCAGCCUGAACCAGACACUCCCUCCCAACAUAACUGCCAACCUGACCCAGACACUCCCUCCCAACAUAACUGCCAACGUGACCCAGACACUCCCUCCCAACAUAAACACCAACCUGACCCAGACACACCCUCCCAACAUAACUGCAAACCUGACCCAGACACUCCCUCCCAACAUAACCACCAACCAGACCCAAACAAGCCCUCCCAACAUAACCACCAACUUGAUCCAGACACUCCCUCCCAACAUUACUGCCAACCUGACCCAGACACGGCCUCCCAAUAUUACCACAAACCCAACCCAGACACGCCCCUUCACUGUAACCAACAUUAUAACAACAUCAGGCUCUAAUACACAGUCACCAGACAUCACUGGCAGGGAUAACUGCAGGAGGGAUAGGGCAUGUUUCUCCGCUCCACCUUCCUGUAAUCCAGGUGCAGAAGGUUCCUGCUAUUUUCUCUCCACAAGAGGAGUGAGCGGAAAUACAGAUAAUUUUACUUUUGAGCUCAGUGGCGAGACAGAUGGUUACAUUGGAGCAGGCCUCUCUCGUGACAACAGUGGUCAAGGAGCCACUGUCUAUUCUUGCGCCAAUAUCAAUGGUGCACUGAAGUUUUUCCGUUCCACACUGAACAAUCAAAGACUGGCUCAGGAUAACACAUUCAUCCCUGGAAGUUUCCGUGGUUCAGUGAAUAGAGGAAAGAUUCAGUGCAUUUUCAAUGCUGCAGGUCUCAGCAGCAUCACUCGUGCGGCAACCACAGACACUUAUGUCUUCUUUGUAACAGGCAGUGUCUCAAAUGGUUCUCUGGAUUCUCCAGUCACUAGACUGUCUACAAAUGGUUCAGUGGACUUAAGCAACCCUAACAGCACAGAUGUUUCAGUAAUAACACCCACUACAGAUUCCACCACUACAGCCCCAAACACCACCACACCUUAUUCAUCUGUAGCAUUAAACACCACUACAGCCCCGAACACCACAGCACCUAAUUCGUCUGUAGCAUUAAACACCACUACAGCCCCGAACACCACAGUACCUAAUUUGUCUGUAGCAUUAAACACCACUACAGCCCCGAACACCACCGUACAUAAUUCCUCUGUAGCAUUAAACACAACCUCAGCCCCGAACACCACAUCAAAUACCACUGUAGCAUUAAACAUCACUACCGCUCCGAACACCACCCCAGCUAAUUCCUCUGUAGCAUUAAACACCACUACAGCCCCGAACAUCACCGUACCUAAUUCCUCUGUAGCAUUAAACACGACCUCAGCCCUGAAUACCACAUCAUCUAAUUCCACUGUAGCAUUAAACACCACUACAGCCCCGAACACCACCGCACCUAAUUCCUCUGUAGCAUUAAACACCACUACAGCCCCGAACACCACCACAUAUAAUUCCUCUGUUGCAUUAAACACCACUACAGCCCCGAACAUCACCGUACCUAAUUCCUCUGUAGCAUUAAACACGACCUCAGCCCUGAAUACCACAUCAUCUAAUUCCACUGUAGCAUUAAACACCACUACAGCCCCGAACACCACCGCACCUAAUUCCUCUGUAACAUUAAACACCACUUCAGCCCCGAAUACCACAUCAUCUAAUUCCACUGUAGCAUUGAACACCACUACAGCCCCAAACACCACCACAUCUAAUUCCUCUCUAGCAUUAAACACCACUAAACCCCCGAACACCACAUCAUCUAACUCCACUGUAGCAUUAAACACCACUACAGUCCCGAACACCACCACAUCUAAUUCCUCUGUAGCAUUAAACACCACUUCAGCCCCGAAUACCACAUCAUCUAAUUCCACUGUAGCAUUAAACACCACUACAGCCCCAAACACCACCACAUCUAAUUCCUUUGUAGCAAUAAACACCACUAAUGCCCCGAAUACCACAUCAUCUAAUUCCACUGUAGCAUUAAACACCACUACAGUACCGAACACCACCACAUCUAAUUCCUCUGUAGCAUUAAACACCACUAAAGCCCCAAAUACCACAUCAUCUAAUUCCACUGUAGCAUUAAACACCACUACAGCCCCAAACACCACCACAUCUAAUUCCUUUGUAGCAAUAAACACCACUAAUGCCCCGAAUACCACAUCAUCUAAUUCCACUGUAGCAUUAAACACCACUACAGCCCCAAACACCACCACAUCUAAUUCUUCUGUAGCAUUAAAUACCACUACAGCCCCGAACACCACCACAUCUAAUUCUUCUGUAGCAUUAAACAUCACUAAAGCCCCGAACACCACCGCAUACAAUUCCUCUGUAGCAUUUAACACCACUAAAGCCCCGAACACCACCGCAUCUAAUUCCACUGUAGCAUUAAACACCACUACAUCUCCGAACACCACCGCACCUAAUCUCUCUGUAGCAUUUAACACCACUAAAGCCCCAAAUACCACCGCAUCUAAUUCCACUGUAGCAUUAAACACCACUACAGCCCCGAACACCACCGUACCUAAUUCCUCUGUAGCAUUUAACACCACUAAAGCCCCAAAUACCACCACAUCUAAUUCCACUGUAGCAUUAAACACCACUACAGCCCCGAACACCACCACAUCUAAUUCCACUGUAGCAUUAAACACCACUAAACCCCCAAAUACCACAACAUCGAAUUCCUCUGUAGCAUUAAACACCACUACAGCCCCAAACACCACCACAUCUAAUUCUUCUGUAGCAUUAAACACCACUAAAGCCCCGAACACCACCGCACCUAAUUCCACUGCAACAUCAAAUUCCACUGCAUCCUCAAAUCCCACUGCAUCUACUGCCACUGGAGUAUCUACAGCUAAUAGUGGUACAACAAAUGAGAAAGUCACCAAGGACAACUGUAAGAAGGACAGGGCAUGUUUCUCUACUCCAGCCAACUGUGAUCCAUCGAGCUCAAGUGGCUGCAUUUUCGCCUCCACAAGAGUGGUGAAUGGAAACUCAGAUAACCUCACUUUUGAGCUCAGUGGGGAAUCAAACGGUUACAUUGCAGUUGGCCUGUCUCCAGACAAGAAGGAGGGUGAUGAUGACACCGUCUACUCUUGUGCCAAUGACAAUGGUGUGGCGAAGUUCAUUCGUGCCAGACUGAACAACUCCAUUCUGACUCCAGAUAAGACUUUUAACCCUGGAUCCUUCCGUGGCUCUGUGAACGGCACCAGGAUUCAGUGCAUUUUUGUAGCUGCAGGUCUCAGCACUAACACCCGUGCGGCAAACACAAAUACUUUCCUCUUUUUCUUUACUGGCAACUUUACAAAUGGCACUCUGGGGUCUCCAGUCACACGAAUGUCUACAAAUUCAUCGGUUGAUCUAACCAACACUAACAGCUCAGACGUUGCCAUAUUAACACCUAAUACAAACACAGAUAAUACUGCCACUACUACCGUUUCUACUACUGUGACAACUACUACUAAAGCAAAACCUGCUACUACAGCUGGGAGCAAUGCACUGCAUCAUGCUGCAUCUCAGGCUGCUCUGGUAAUUCUCUCAGGGAUCCUUGCAGUGCUCCUGUUGUAAGGAUGCUGCCGAGCACAUUUGCUUUCUGAAACUGGUCGAUGAGCACUGAACGCUUGAUGAACCCAACACCAAAGUAUAUGUUAUUCUGCAUAUUUAUAACUGUGCAAUAGUGCAACUCUGGGUACAAUGAAGAAAGGAGCUAAAAAUACGGGGAGAGGGGCAUUACAUCAUUUAUUUAAUCUGAGUGUUUGUGUGAGAGAGAUUGUGUUUAUGAAUGUUUUUUGCGAGUGUUAGUGUUUGUAUUCUGAUAAUGUGAUAACUUUUUGUCUGAGCCAUCAUGUGGCUAAAAUUAUCUAAGAGAAUUAUUUUCAAAUGUCUUAAUUUAUUUUUACUGUUGUCUCGAUCUAUUGAUUGCCUGUAAGUUCUAAAUGAAGACCUUUUUUUUUUUUAUAUGCAUAAUAAAAUGUUCAAGUACAAAGAAAACAAACAAAAAAAACUGGUAGAUCAGUGUUUGGACUAAGGGUUAAAGUGAGAAAGAACAAAGCUAAAUCCACCAGCAUGCAUAGUCAGGAUAGUAAAUUAGUGAAAGACUUCCCAUAUUGUUGGUCAAAGGCUGAACGUGUAAUCAAGCACUAUGGUUUUUCAGAAGAAAUUUAUGACACUAGAUAGAAGUUGAAUUAGACACAACAUGGACAGGUUGUGACAUUCUCUCAUGCUCAAAAACUAUUAACACAACCACAAAUCGAUCAAAUGUGUAGGGUAGAAGUUUGUAAAUCACCAUUUAGAAAUUUACUUGAUUAAAAGUCUCAAAGUAUGUGAUAUUUAUUGUACAAAAGUUAUUUUUUUCUUCAUCUUACACACUUAAGUAUUUCCUUCAUUCUAUAUGCACUUAAGUAUAGAUAGUAAAAGUACAAGGAAAUGGAAAAUAAGCACAUAAAUCUAA